UUCCUCAAAACCUAAGUGAAGGGAAGUUACUCCAUAGAGAAGAGAGAGACUGCAGAAAUCUGAUCUAGAUCUUCAAUCUCCAUCUCCAAGCUUGAUUCCCAAGCUCGAAUGGAGAAGAAAUCCUCCAAAAUAGCUCCAAGAAUGUUCCCAAGUCGCUCUCUCUCUAGGGUUUGUCCCUUGGGUGUUUGGGAACCAAAAACCCAGCUCUCCUUUCCUUUGGCUGAAAAUCGGGUUUUAACCAGCAAUUCCCGACUCACACGGGCAGGCCACACGGCCGUGUGGCUCACCCAGUUGCCCGUGUGAGUCAAAACGCGGCGUAUCAUUAAGUCAAAAUUCAGGCUUCCCACACGGCCAGGGUCGCACGGCCGUGUGGGAUUUCCAUCCUGCCCGUGUUUGCUCUCGGCGAAACUCGCACGACCACCUUGCUCCUCCACACGGCCGUGUGGAAAUUACUUGUGCCCGUGUGAAGGCUUGCAUAAUCCCACACGACUAGGUUUGUCACUUGCACGACCGUGUGAUGGUUAUGUGUGCCCGUGUGGCUUCCUCAUCGGCUUGCCUCGCGCCCGAUCUUCAUCCAAUCGACCCCAAACUCGCUCCCAAGCCUCCAUUCACGUACUAGGACCUGAAAUAUCACAAAAAAGCACAACCUAGCGUGAAAUCGGCCUAAAACACGAGAAAUCACAUCUCAAAUGGCUCUAGAAUAGGGGUAAAAACAUGUGCAAUUAACGGCUUAUCAGGGUGCCAUCCUCACAACUUCUGAUACUCGUCAUCUGGCUGGGACAACCGCUCGAUGCUUCUUCGCGGUGAGUGACUUAACUUGUUCUUGAUUCCGCUGUUCGAUAGGUGUAUGGUACUGACUGGCUUUGUGGAUGCAGGCUCAAUUCGGGAUAAGUCAACUUAUUCUGGCUAACGAGCGCCUGCUCGAUGACCUGGGCGACCGCGAGACCAAAAUCCUCAAGCUUGAGGAGCAGCUGAAGGAGGGACGCGAGGGUUUCCGCCAGGAGUUGCGAGACGAGAUCCUCAAGGAGCAUGAGGCGGCCUUGAAAGUCAAGGAUGUUGAGCUUCAGACCGCCAGGGAGGAUCUAGCGAAGUCAGCUCGAGAGCUGGAGGGCGUUCAGCAGAAGGUGCGGGAGGUGUCCGAGCGGGAGAAAGGGCUGCAAGACAAGGUGAAUGAGUUGGAGGCCAGGGUGGUUGAUCUGGAGGCGCGGCGGGAACUUGAACUCGACGAGGCUAGAGAGGACGCUCGCGCGUCCUUCUUUGACUCGGACGAGUUCAAGGCGGUGGAUGAAGCCAAGUAUCAGAAGCUGCUGCGGGAUACGGUGGCUUCCAUCCGUCACCUGUUUCGCCGCGAGCACUCGUACGUAGUCUGGGAUCGGAAUGCGGUCUGGGACGCGGUGGAAUUCUGGGGUGACCAUGAUGUCAACUCCGAGGUAGAAACCCAGCCCGCGGCCGCUGCGACCACUAUCGGAGAAGAAGUGAACCAGCCCGCUCCCACCGAAGGCGGCUCCUCUUAGUUUCCUGACCAUUUAACUAAGUGUUCUUUUCUACUGCUUUUCCUUGCUUUCUCCCUUUGGGGCGCUUGAUACAUUCCGCCUUCUGGCGAGGUUUUGUAAUAUUUUACUUUGGAUGAUGCUUAUGUUCCUUCUUCUUAUUCUUCACAUGCUUAGAAUUCUUCACUUGCGGUUUUUAUUGUCUGUGCCUCCUCUUCCUUUGCCCGUGUUGGGGAAGCACACUCAAGGAGGAGAGACGCCCUUUGGAACUCUGUCGUUGGGGCGGCUUAGCGGUUAGUCCUAGCGUUGUGCGGGCCUGCGGCGCGUUUCGAUCCUUACGUUGCAAGCGCUUCGUACCGUUCUGGGGCGGUUUACCAGUUGUGAGGUGAGACCUUUUUUGUGAAACUUCGGGGAGUCUUAUUGUG